UUUUGCCUUUACUUGGCGUUCUUCGAAAAGGACUUGAAACGUUGAACUAUCUCGAUUUCGACUGGUGCGAUCGACCUUAUAUUAGGCCAGCUGUUAAACGAUCCAACAAUGAGGUCGUUUGCUUUUUUCGCAAUCUCAAUACUUGUUGCCAUGGCUUCAGGGUAUGACGAGCCAUUCCAGCCAUUCCAGAACCCGGGAGAGAUCUUUCCUGGUUUGACCAUCAAAUUCAUGAUCAACGCUGCUGGUGGUAUCUUGCAGCAGGAUCGUGUCAUUGAUUCAAUGGCCUAUGCUUGCAGAGGUGUCCUACCGGUAGUCGGUUCGGCGGUACCGGAAGUGGACCAGUCAAGUCUGUAUUGGGGUUUCGUCUGUGAUAAAGUCAUCGAAGCGUCUGAAGAUCUGGAUGCCUUUGACGCAACGGGAUUCUGUAAUGACAUAAUUACUGUGGUCAAUGGCAUUAUAUCUCAGGACAGUGGCGGAAGAUAUCGCAGACAAGCAGAAAAUAUGGAUGAUCCGCUGGGUAUCAUUGAAAUCCUGACCAAAAUCACCAAAGACCUCUAUGGAAUCGACAUCAAAAUGAUCAUCGAUGACCUAUCUACAAUCAACACCAUCUGCACCAACGUCAAGGAGAAUUUCUUGAGGCCAUCUCUUCAAGAUCUCCUCUCUGAGCUCGGGGAGGAACUGAUGAGUGCCCUUCUACCCCAGGCAGCCCCGAUCUGUCAAGACUGGCAAGGCUUCCUUGCAGAUGAAGGCAUCGAUUCCUCGUCGCCUUACUACAACAUUAUCCAAGAGGGCGCUCGUAUCGGAUCUCAGGCGGUCGGAUAUGACGACAGAGAGGAUCUUUGUCGAAAUCUUGAGCAAGCACUAUCGGUGCAAGGAGAUAACAACGCCGCAAGGAGAACGUUCUCCAUGGACAUCAUCUCCGAAAUCUUCGCUACCGUGGAGGAGGCUGACAAAUGUACUCCAUUGGCUAAUGACGUCAUUCACCAGGUCAUCGAGCCCCUCAUACGUAUGGACAUACACGCCUUUGUGAUUUCGGAGGAUGAGAUUUUUGCUUAUACCGGUAUUGAUGGUGGAGUGACAGCUGUCUGCACAGCAAUGGAGAACGCUGUCUCGUAUGAAAUAGACCUCCCAGACCCUGUUCCAGUUCACCUCAUCUAUGGGACCACAUUGACCGUUGAGUUCUUCCUGAGUGCUGCUGGUGGCAUCUGGCAACAAGACCGACUCAUCGACUCCCUUGCCUUUGUAUGCACAGACGUCUUACCUGAGCUCGAAUCGAUGGUACCCGAGUUUAAGUCUUAUGUUCAAGAUUCCUGGGAUUAUAAGCCAGUCUGCGGGAGGAUCCGCGAAGCAGCUAGUAACUUGGAGGCAUUUGACGCGACGGAAUUCUGUAAAGACGUAACCAAGAUGAUCGACGACUUGAUCUACGGCCCGGGAACUGGUGAAAGGGUUCGCAGACAGGAAGACCCAUACAUGUAUAUCCUAGAUAUCAUUGCGAAUAUCACCAAAGACCUCUACAACAUCGACAUCAAUGAUCCGUCUACCAUCUGUCCAAACAUCGCCCAGUUCCUGGACAGGUCCAUACCUGAUAUCAUAUCGGAAUUUGGUGCUAAGCUGUUGGUUGUCGAUCUACACGAGACAGCUCUACUCUGUGAAGAUUGGGACCAGACACUCGAGUCGUUUGGGAUAGAUUCUACUUCGCAAUGGUACCACGUUGUGCAGAAUGCUGCUCGUAUUGCAUCCCAGGCUGUAGGAUAUGACAGCAGACGAGCGCUCUGCCAAGAAAUCGACAGGGUACUAGCCAUAACAGGAGAUGAUAACGAAGAGCGUCAGACUUUUGCCAGGAAUAUCAUCGAAAGCAGUUUUGAGAUUUUUACAAACAACGACAGGUGUUCAAUGUACUUCAAUGACGCCAUCGAUGACAUCAUCGAACCAAUCUUUGAGAUUGAAAACCUUCAGAUUAAAAUCAGCAAUUAUACCAUUUAUCGUUACACCGGAUACAUGGGCGUGGAAGGGGUCUGCGAGGCACUGGAGACAGAUUUUACGAAGCUUUCUACUAGCACUGUAACGAUGACGCUUACGGGCGAGAGUCUAAACGGAGAGAUUCUUGUGUUCACUGAUGAUCUGAAGAACCAGGCUUCUCCUCGCUUCAAGGAGCUUGAAACGUUGUACUGUGGAGUGAUUGGGAAUCAACUUAGGCGGGAGUUAGGAUCGGACCUUCGAGGUAUGGACUGUGAAGCCACGUCUUUCAGCCCUGGCAGCAUUAUCGCUGAGUUGGAGAUUGAGAUUCAUGCCUACACUCAAGAUGUUGCUGAUUCUCUGGCCGAGGAUGCGGCCGACCUGUCUACCAGCGGCACUCUCAUCCUCUCCUCCGAAGGUGAUACCUUGACAGUGUCCUCACUUCAAGGUUCAGGAUCAGGUGGUGGCUUGGCCAAGGGAGCCAUCAUAGGCAUGGCCGUAGCUGCGGUCAUCGUGGUCAUGCUGGUCGUCUUCAUCGCCAUCGCCGUCGUCGUGCACUCGAGGGGAAAAGGCACAAGGGAUACUGAGCAAGGAGUAGGAAUGCAGAACCCGGGUUUCUCCCCCAAUGAUGAGCACCGAUAUAAGAUAUAACUGUCUUGGAGUGAUCUUGGCUGCAGCACAACACCCCUGGGGUCCGUUUUUAUAAAACUUGUUAUCAAUAACAACUGCUAAAUUUCUAUGACAAAUUUGCUCUCAGCCAAUUAGAUGCCAUGUUUUCAGUUGCUUUUAACAGUAGCUUGUAACUUGUUAUUGAUAACAAGUUUUAUGAAACUGGGCCCUGAAAGAAAUUCAUGGAUGGAUCGUAAUACGCACAAUUGCACCCUCAAGGGCUUUCACCAUUGAAUGUUAAUUCAAAGCUCUUCAUUUAUUUGGCUGAACAUAAUGGUACGUUCUGCAUAACGUAAAAUAUAUUACUCAGAUUACACGUUUAUUCAGUUUGCGUUUGAACUCAGAUAAUGCUUUUAUUUUAUUUGAGAGGCCUUUGAUAUGAACUGGAAUUAUAAUUCGCUGAAAUGAAAUUUAAAAUACAUCAUUAACAAAAUUAUUGAUUUGCAUUUUUUUUAAAGUUAAUAAAAACACAUACAAACGCAUUUUCCAUGUUUAUUAAUGGUGUCGUGGUAUAGUGGAUACAUGACCACUGUCCGGACUGUGAAUCGCAUGGUCCGUGGUUUAUUCCCGCCGCGGCACUUGUGCUUUUUGCCACUCUCAAUCCAGGUGAAGUAA